CACGUCGAUUGUCAGAGCGGGUGAGCCGACUGGCCAGGUCAGGGUCAUGCGGUUGGGUGAGGUCCGGGUGGCGGAGGACCAGGACUUUCGGCAGCUGGUGGCAUUGGCCGACAACCAUGACGGAUGGAAGCUGGACUUCUGUAACAACUCCACAAAAGUGUGGACCAAACAGCCAGACGAGAAAGAGUGCAAAAUGAUGAAGGCGAGCACAACCUACACAGACGUGGACGCCGCUACGGUGUACGACGUGAUUCAUGACGUCGAUUACACCAAGCACUAUGACAAGAGCAUGCUGGCGAUCGACACCGGCGGCUGCCUGAACCCGAACAACCAGAUCUUCUACUACGCCAUGGCCUGCCCCUCGCCUCUCUGCAACCGCGACCUGGUGGUGCUCCGCUCGUGGCUGGACACGGGCCGGGAGUACUACAGCCUGGGGCACUCGGUGUCGCACCAACAGUUCCCGCCCCGGAAAGGUUUCGUCAGGGCGCUGAACUACCUCUCAGGGUACGUGGUGCGACCCCUGUCACCGAAGAGCUGCCAGGUCAACUACGUAACCUACGGCAGCCCUGGAGGCCAGCUGCCUGUCUGGCUGGCCAACAAGGCCACCCAGGUGCUGGUGCCCAAGAUGGUGAAGCGGUUCCACAAGGCCUGCCUCAAAUACGCUGGCUGGAAGAAGCGGCACAAUGCGCACUUCAAGCCCUGGCUUUUCCCCGAACAGAUGCCGAUAGAGCGACUGAAUCUGGCGCUGUGCAUCAAAAAUCCACUGGACGAACGUGGGGUAACAACGGACGAGUCUCAAGUGCAAGAGUUCGACCUCAUCUCUACGAACAUUUUAAACGAAGACGACGAUUAGCGGGCGGAAAGCGGGGCGAACACCUGCAGUGCUUCCAUCUGUGUUGCGGUCCUCGAACCAAAGGUUCGCCCGCCGCUCGGUGAGCUUUGGUUAGCGUGCGUCGGCGUGCGCGAGAAAUUUUAAGGGUGUUAUAACUCGGCGUCCGUGACGGACCUGGUGCUGUCGCAGUUUGUGAAUGCAUUACGACUCUGUAAUGUUAUAUUGUUGUAUUUUGGGUGCUGCACGCACAUUCAAUCUAGGAUUUUGUGAACAAGCUUCACAAGUUCGUAUGC